AUGAGUUUCACAAAUCCCAUCAUACCGGGUUUCAACCCCGACCCUUCCAUUAUCCGAGUGGGUCGGGAUUUUUUUCUGAUCACUUCAACCUUUGAAUACUUCCCUGGCAUUCCAAUCUACCACAGUUGCGAUUUGAUUCAAUGGAAACUGAUUGGACACGUUCUGACAAGAUCUAGCCAGCUUCAGAUAAACACCCCCGAGCCGGGAGGCGGUGUAUGGGCGCCGACGUUGCGUUAUCACCAAGGGGUGUUCUACGUGGCAGCUGCCAGCUUUUCGCGUUACCGACCGCAAGAAGAUGACCGAGUCUGGCCACUGGGCUUCUAUGUUCGAACAACCAAUAUUUGGGAUGACUCUACGUGGUCAGAUCCUGUUUAUUUCGAUCAAGUUGGAUUUGAUCAGGAUCUUUUCUGGGAUGACGAUGGCACAGUUUAUCUUUCGUCAACUUAUAGAAAGCUUAAAAGAACUCCAAAUGCCAAUAUCAAGGAUUUUGCGGUGCACAUAUGCACCGUGGAUCUGGACACGGGCCACUCUACAUCCGAGCCGAAGUUGAUUCGCGAGUCAGCCUCGGGUGUCGCAGAAGGUUCUCACAUUUUCAAACGUGGUCACUAUUACUACCUGUUUACUGCUGAGGGUGGCACUGAGAGCGGGCAUUGCGAAUGGGUCUCUCGCAGUUCACAUGGACCGCUUGGGCCUUGGGAGCUUGGGCCGAAUAACCCGCUUUGGCGGAACGGAGCCGAAGACGAAGUACAGAACACAGGCCAUGUUGAUCUGGUCGAAGAUGCUCAGGGUCAAUGGUGGGCGGUCCUUCUCGGAGUAAGACCUGUUCAACGUGGGAACAAAUGGGAGGAAUCAGUCCUAGGUCGCGAAACCUUUCUCGUUCCGUUGAAUUGGGAGAACGACUGGCCAGUGAUUGAUGGGGGGAAGAUCACCCUUCAAAUGACAGGACCUGGACUCUACCAUCAUACAACACCGGUAUCCUGGAAGGACGAAUUUUCGAGCCCUCGACUACAAUUAGGCUGGUAUAGAAAGAAUACCCCCUUGAUAACCGAUUACUCGCUUACGGAACGCGUGAAUCAUCUCCGACUUUAUGGCGGCCCUUACAAUCUGUCUAUUCCCGCAUGUCCGACACUGUUCUUACGCAAACAAAUCCAUAGAUUUUGUACCUGGGAAACAAGAUUGUCCUUCCAGCCAGAAUCGGAACAUACCGAGGCAGGGACAGUACUAUGGUGGAACUAUUUUACAUACAUUAGCCUUGGAAUUCGGAAGCGCGGUGAUAGUCGCAUUCUGCAGUUCCAGCAAUCCGGUGGAUCUUGCAUGGAGCAUACUCUGUCCCUAACAUCUGAAGUGGUACUCGUGAUUGAAUGCGGUGACCAAUAUCGGUUUGGAUAUCGCGAGUUGACGGAUCCUGAAAUUACUUGGAUUGGUGCCAUUGACAACAUUACUGUGGCCAAAUCACCACCUUUGGGAGCAGCAUUUACAGGAAUGAUGCUUGGAUUGUAUGCAUUUGGCGAACGGCAAAAGUCCUUGACUCCCGCCGAUUUUUCGUACGCGGAGUUUCGAUAG